AUGGGUGAGGUAAAUAAAGAUGCCGUUGAAAAAUACUUGGAGAACAAUCCCCAGUUUGCCAAGGAGUAUUUCGACCGAAAAGUGAGACCUGAAGUGGUGGGAAGUAUCUUUAACGUGAACCCUGGAGAUGUGAAGGAAGGAGUCAGCUUCAAAGACAUGUCCCGUCUGGAGGAGUGUAACAUAAUUUUUGAAUUGGUAACAGAACUUCAGGAUGAGGCAUGUGUUAUGGAAAAGAUGGUGCACAAGGCCCUGCAGAGGCUGGCACAGCUGCUGGAAGCUGAUCGGUGUAGUCUGUUCAUGUGUCGCUCCCGAAAUGGUACUCCAGAGGUAGCCUCCAGGAUUCUUGAUAUCACUCCAACUUCCAAAUAUGAGGAGAAUUUGGUGAAACCAGAAAAUGAGACUGUUUUUCCUCUGGACAUCGGGAUAGUGGGAUGGGUUGCUCAUACCAAGAAGUUUUUUAAUAUACCUGAUGUGACAAAGAACAAUCAUUUUUCUGACUUCAUGGACAAAAAAACUGGUUAUAAAACAGUCAAUAUGUUGGCAACUGCAAUUACACAGGGUAAAGAGGUGCUUGCUGUUGUGAUGGCACUCAACAAAUUAAAUGCACCUGAGUUCUCAAAAGAGGAUGAAGAGGUAUUUAAAAAAUACCUCAACUUUAUAUCUUUGAUGAUAAGAAACAAUCACACGUCGUAUCUCUACAAUAUCGAAUCACGAAAAAGCCAGAUGCUUUUGUGGUCUGCCAACAAAGUAUUUGAAGAGCUAACAGAUAUAGAACGACAGUUUCAUAAAGCACUGUAUACCAUUCGAAUGUAUUUGAAUUGUGAAAGAUACUCUAUUGGUCUGCUGGACAUGACUAAAGAGAAGGAGUUCUAUGACGAGUGGCCAAUCCGGCUGGGGGAGGCAGAGCCUUACAAAGGCCCCAAGACACCUGAUGGACGAGAAGUCAACUUUUAUAAGAUUAUUGACUAUCUGUUACAUGGACAAGAAGAAAUCAAAGUCAUUCCGUCACCUCCAGCAGAUCACUGGUGUCUUGUCAGUGGAUUGCCAACAUAUGUGGCUGAAAAUGGUCUUAUUUGUAACAUGAUGAAUGCACCAGCAGAUGAAUACUUCUCAUUUCAGAAAGGACCAGUGGAUGAAUCAGGAUGGGUUGUCAAAAAUGUCUUGUCAUUGCCUAUUGUCAACAAAAAAGAAGAAAUUGUGGGAGUUGCAACGUUUUACAACAGGAAAGAUGGAAAACCUUUUGACGAGUAUGAUGAACAGAUCACUGAAACUCUCACACAGUUCCUGGGGUGGUCUGUUUUAAAUACUGACACUUAUGACAAAAUGAACAAACUUGAAAACAGGAAAGACAUUGCUCAGGAAAUGCUUAUGUACCAGACAAAGGCCACCCCUGCAGAAGUUGAAUCGAUCCUGAAAUACAAGGAGAAACUAAAUGCAAAAAGUUUAGAUGAAUGCGAUCAAAAGGAUCUAAUCAGGAUUUUGAAAGAAGAAUUACCUGAUCCAAAAGAUUUAGAACUAUAUGAAUUCCGCUUCAGUGACUUCCCUGUUACAGAGCAUGGCCUGAUAACUUGUGGAAUACGACUGUUCUUUGAGAUAAAUGUUGUUGAAAAAUUCAAAGUCCCAGCUGAGGUCCUUACAAGAUGGAUGUACACAGUCAGGAAAGGUUAUCGGGAUAUCACUUACCACAACUGGAGACAUGGAUUCAAUGUGGGACAAACAAUGUUUACUCUGCUGAUGACAGGAAAAAUAAAGAAAUACUAUACUGAUUUAGAAGCCUUUGCCAUGGUUGCUGCUGCUUUCUGCCAUGACAUUGAUCACAGAGGGACCAAUAACCUGUAUCAAAUGAAGUCAGCUGCUCCCCUGGCAAAACUUCAUGGUUCUUCCAUUUUGGAAAGGCAUCACCUAGAGUACAGUAAAACCCUGCUGCAAGAUGAGAGCUUAAACAUCUUCCAGAACCUAAAUAAGCGCCAGUAUGAAACCGUUCUGCACUUAUUUGAAGUUGCAAUAAUAGCAACUGACUUGGCUUUGUAUUUCAAGAAAAGAACUAUGUUUCAAAAGAUUGUGGAUGCAAUUGAAAAAAUGGAAACAGAAGAGCAGGCAAUUAAGUAUAUAUCUAUUGACCCAACGAAAAAAGAAGUCAUCAUGGCUAUGAUGAUGACUGGAUGUGACCUGUCUGCAAUAACCAAGCCCUGGGAAGUGCAGAGUAAGGUUGCCCUCAUGGUCGCAAAUGAAUUCUGGGAGCAAGGCGACCUGGAACGAACUGUGCUACAGCAACAACCUAUUCCUAUGAUGGACAGAAACAAAGGAGAUGAACUACCUAAGCUCCAAGUUGGUUUCAUAGACUUUGUGUGUACAUUUGUGUACAAGGAAUUCUCGAGGUUUCACAAGGAAAUUACACCUAUGUUUGAUGGUCUUCAAAACAACAGGGUUGAAUGGAAAACACGAGCUGAUGAAUAUGAAGAGAAGAUGAAAGCUAUUGAGGAACAAAAGAAAAAGGAAGAAGAAGCAGCUGCCCAAAAAGAAAGUGCUGCUGGAGGUGGUGGAGGUGGUGGUGAAGAAGGAAAAUCCAAAACCUGUGUAGUUUUGUAAUUCUUUGUCUCAGACACUUUUCCUGCUACAAGAAAAGACAUCUAGAAAGAACUUCAAUGAGCCCCAGUGGAUUUCUGCUUUGCAUAGAAUAGUAUAGAUCAAUCUCUUAAUCCUCUUAAACACUUGCCAUUUGUUGGAAAUAAUUUUUAAUGGAUUAAAAAAACGGUUACAAUUAAAAACUGGAAAAAAUAAUGGUGCAAAAUGAGUUAACUGUGUGCUUCAGGUAUUUUUUCAUGUCACUCAAUUUACAUACAGUACUUUUAUUAAAAUAUGUAACUUCUACACACUGUCCAGAAAAAAUAUAAAUAAUGUGGACAGAUGUUAUAUGAAAUUACUGGAUGAAACCUAAGAUGUAAAAUUCAAACCAAAAAUUGCAAUAUUUAUAACUUUGAUAUUUAGAUUUUUAUAUUAUGUGUAUUUCCUUAGUCUGUAAUUCUGUCAUUUUCCUUCAUUCUCAGUACUAUAUAAAGUCCUAGAGUAAAACAUUUCUUUCACUUUAGGAAUGCACACCACAACUCCCUAGCUCUUAUCUAUAAAAAGCAGGCCCAUGGUACACUGAUUUUUUUCCAAAAUUAUCAAUGAUAAAUCUGUAAACUAUAGCCAUUGCAGCCUUUUGAUCAUAUGCAAAUGGCUCUCCCACAGUUCUUAAACUGACCAGCUUUUAUUGUAUAAAUGUAAAAUAGCAGACCACAAGCAAUCAUACUUUAUACACAAGUAAAAGUUUACUAGAUACCAGCAUAUCUACAGCCGGAUCUGCCUUCAAGGGCAUUUUAAAAGGCUCACAUACUCCCAGUGCAUCUCUUUCAAAAUGCAAUAAAUUAAAGUAUUUGAAAACCAAUUGACUGGCAUCAAUUUAAUCUUCUGAGGGAGAGCAAAGCAGAAAUAAAGCACAUCAUUACCUGUGUCUCUACAAGGUAACAAGAAAUCAAGUAGACAGACUGCACACAAAUUAGCUCUUCAUGAACGCUGACCUUCCCCCCCACGCCUUGGGAACAAGUCCACUCCGUACCUUCCACUUGGGUAGCCAGCUCCUCCUGCGCAUGGAGGAAGGCAAAUGGCCACUACAUUAGACACAGACCUGAAUAUUUACUUGAACCAGUUUCAAAUCUAAGGAGAUGGAUGUCAAAUGCAACUCCUGCAACAGAGAAAUUCAACAUUCAGACUCAAUCUUGCCACUUUUCCUGCUCCUUUGAACAAAGCAGACCUACACUUUUUUCUUCCUCUGAAGGACCCUCUGUAUCCAUACGGAAGAAGAAUGAGCAAUUUGCUCUUUAUAAACCUCUCUAAGAAUGCUCUAUGAACAGAAAUACUGUGUACAUUUGUCACUCAAAAUUAAAGGAAUCCACAAAAAAACUCCAAACACUUAACAACAUUCUGACUUGUAAAUGAACCAAAUAUUUUAUGCAGUUAUGACAUAAAACUGGGUAUUACAUUAGUUUCUGUAUUAAAUGCCGCUGCU